AUGGUUUUCUUCAAGGUCCUCACUAAAAUCUUCUCAGGCUCCAGCGCUGCAACACUUCCUGAGUCUACCAUGAAGUAUUACAGUGACUUGCACGACGGAAUACGGAGUAAUAUGCUAAUGUUUAAAGCAAGGAAAAUGUUGGUUAAGAUAAUUCAAGAUGUCCUGGAUGAAAGGAAAGCAAGGAAUAAGAUUGGUCAUCAUGAACCAAAUGAAAAGAAAGCCAUGAUCGAUCUAUUUAUAGAAGUUGAAGAUGAAAAGGGCCAGAAGUUGGCGGAUAAGGAUAUAGUUAAUAUACUGCUUCUCUUCCUGAUAGCCGGUCAUGAUAGCUCAGCCACUGCUGAAGAGCAAGAGGAAAUUUUUAAGACAAGACCAUCAGGACAGAAGGGGUUGAAUCUCAAGGAAAUAAGACAAAUGGAAUAUCUUUCAAAGGCAUCAUUUUUUUUUCCUUUUUUCCCCUAUUUUUGCCAUGCAUCAGUAUCAGCUAGCUCAAUGGCUAAAAAGUUACCUUUCAUUUCUGCAGGAAGAGCAAGAGGAAAUUUAAAGACAAGACCAUCAGGACAGAAGGGGUUGAAUCUCAAGGAAAUAAGAGACAAAUGGAAUAUCUUUCAAAGGCAUCAUUUUUUUUUCUUUUUUUCCCCUAUUUUUGCCAUGAUAGAUACUGAUGCCGUGAUUGAUGAGACAUUGAGAAUUACCAAUCUUUUAUUUGCCAAUUUUCAGUCAUUUUUGUUCAAUAUUCGACUUCCUAUCUUACCAAAUGAAAAACACUUUUUUCCAGGUUAUUUCAUACCAAAAGGUUGGAAGGUUUUGGUUUGGAACAGGGAAGUUCACAUGGACCCUGAAAAUUAUGAACAUCCAAAGGAUUUUCUUCCUUCAAGAUGGGAUAAUAAUAAAUCGAAACCAGGAGCCUUCAUUCCCUUUGGAGGAGGAGUCAGAAUUUGCCCUGGAUCUGAGCUGGCGAAGCUUCAAAUCUUCAUUUUCUUUCAUUAUUUUCUCCUUAACUACAAACUUGAACAAAUUAAUCCUGGAAGACGUGUUGUGUAUUUCUAUGGGCCAAGACCAACAGACCACUGCCUCGCAAGAGUCGUUGAGCUCCCAUGA